AUGCGCUACCGCUCACUCGGUUUCUCGUUAGCAUUCCUCGCUCUCACGGCACUCGCCGUUGGGAGAGGCAUCAGCGUCCACCUCGAGCCCAUCCAGCUCCCUCCGACCUCCCCUCUCAACCCUCCGGGUAGAUCAGAUGCUGUUGAGGACCAAAUCCUCGGCCCCCGGUUGUACAGUCACCCCUCGGGCAAAACCAACCCCGAACAGGACCGUUUCUUCGGGACCCGAUCUAGUCGCAGCCCGAUCUCCCUCCGCUCCGUGUCAUUGGCGCCGUUGCGGCCCCGCGAGGAAGCCCCCUUUGAGCUCCAGCAGAUCAACUGCAACGACCCGAAAGAGCCGGAGUACAAGCGGCAUCCGGACGUCCACCGCGAUGCCGUCAACAAGGGGGCCAAGCGCUUCUGCGAGUCGGACUUUGCACGCGAUACCCUCACGAUCGUUGACGACACCAUAGACCACCCGCUGCACGCCUGGCGCUGGCGCUACAAGGACCAAAUGGGCGUCAUCCAGGACUACAAGGUCCUCUGGCGCGCCAAGUGCCGCACGAAGCAGGGAUUCCAGGACAUCGGGUACCCGCUGGGGCCGGGCGGGCCGUCAUGCGUCGAUAUCAUGAAGGACAACUAUGCGAAGUGCAACAACGGCGGCAUCGGCGGCAGUACGCAGGCCGGAUGUCUUGUUUUCACUCUCAAUGCUGGGAGGAAAGACAACUAUUACUGA